UUAUAGCACCUCCUUUUUCAUUCCCCAUUAUAAAAGAUAAGGAAAAACGGACUCCUGCUUCGUCUCUUUCUCUCUCUCUCUCUCUCUCUCACUUUUCUUACUCUGGGGAAGGAAGGAAAGGUCUCUGAUCUUUUUCUGCAUCCUUAAAUACACAAGUUGCCCUUUUCAUUAACUUUUCCUUCAUACCAUCAUCCCUCGAAAAACAUUGUUAGUUUCUCUUUUGCUGCAAUUGAUUUUUUUUUUUUUGGUUUAAUCUGACUGGUUGUAGUCUCUGCAAUUUUUUUUUAACCUCUCAUCUUUCUAUCAAACCUAGAGGGAUCCUACAAACAAGCCUAUAAUCUCUUCUCUCACUCGCUCUUGCUUUCACACAUAAUACUCAUGCAAAUCAUGGGGCACUUAUGAUAUAAUCACAACACAUCCCUUCCUUUCCUUUGCGGCUCUUCAUUUCUUUACCUUCGAAGUUCUAACCCAACUUUUCCUGUCGGUUUUCUUUUCCUUUUCCUUAUUGUUUUGGGCAGUGCUUUGAUUACACUUCCCUUCAUUUGUUCUCUUUAUUUUAAUUUCUUGUCUCUGUUAAGUGUUAAAAUACUCCCUUCAGGGCUUUUUGACUAAGAUCUUCAACUUUUUCCUUGUGUUUACAAGCUCCAAUAAUAUAAUGAGAACCACACCUUUGCCUGAUCUAUCCUUGCAGAUUAGCCCACCAUCCGUUUCAGAUUGUAAGGCCAAGGAAAUGGCCUACGAUGGGUUAUCAAGGAAAUCAAUCUAUAAUGAUAGGAGUUCAACGACUGAUUCUGGCAGCAGUGGAAGCGAUUUGAGCCAUGAAAAUGGAUACAGUAAUCCAGGACCUGGGGAACCCACGUUGAGCUUAGGGUUUGAAAUGGCAGAUUUGGGUCCUCCCCAUUUACAACAACCAAGAAACGUUAAUCAUCAUCAGCAUCAAUAUCAGCCUCAAAUCUAUGGUCGUGAUUUCAAGAGAAAUGCAAGAAUGAUCAAUGGAGUAAAAAGAAGCAUCAGAGCUCCCAGAAUGAGAUGGACUUCAACCCUCCAUGCUCAUUUUGUUCAUGCAGUCCAGCUUCUUGGAGGCCAUGAAAGAGCAACGCCAAAAUCUGUCUUAGAGUUGAUGAAUGUCAAGGAUCUAACCCUAGCUCACGUGAAGAGUCACUUGCAGAUGUAUAGAACAGUGAAGAGCACUGACAAGGGAUCAGGUCAAGGGCUGACAGACAUGAGUUUGAACCUAAGGACAGGGAGUGAUGAUUUGGAUGGAAGACUAUCUUCCGGAAAAGCUGAUACCAACCAUUCUUAUUCUCUCAAACCAUCACCAACCUCACAACAACUGACACCACAAAGGACCCUAAGCGGUUCAUGGCUAACCUCAACGGAGACAAAUAAUUUGAGCAUAUCAAGCCCUGGAAAUGGCUUGACUUUUAAGCCAAAUGAUGCGAAGGUGGAUGGAGACAAGGAAGUGCUUUGUGUGUCGGAUAGAAUGAAGGAGAGAUUAGAUCCCAGCUCCUUGUCACCUUCAGACAUGUUCCUUAACCUAGAAUUCACCCUCGGCAGGCCAAGCUGGCAAAUGGACUAUGCUGAAUCUUCAAAUGAGUUAACCCGUCUCAAGUGUUAUACAAUAGACACCAUAAAAACCAGCAAAUAUGAUGUUUUUCCUGUGAAUUUGGGGGGAAAUAUCUAAUUUGCAUGAAUUUGAUUGUUCCAUGUUCUUUAAAUUUUGUCUGGAGUGAAAAAGCAAAAACGUGAAAGAAAGUGUAUUUAGCCUUGUGAAUGUCGUGUAAGCCCUCUUGUUCCAUG